AUGACUUUUGUUGUUCAUCAACAACAGGGUUUGUUUGUGGCAUUUUCCUCAAGGAAUUUGUUAUGUAGCAAGAGGCUGAAGUUGAAGCAAUGUUUAUCAAAACGUCACUUGAUUGGAAGAGCUGAUUGGCAUUACAUACUAAGUGUAGGGCCUUCUCACAUUUGUAGAUCCAAGCUGAAACCUUUGAAGAUUUCAGGCUUCAAAGGCGGUGCCAAAAAUGAUGAUUCAGUAACCAGUGCUAAUGGGUUGAAGGUCCCCAACCACAAGAACUCUGUUAGACUGGAUGAGAGUGUCGAAUUCAAAUCAGAAUCUCCAAAGGCAAACCAUGUUCCACUCUCUUGUGCUUCUGAAGCAAAUGAGAACCUUGCAGUAUCACCUGGUAUUCAUAAACUUCUCAAAAAAUGGCUUACAAUGUUGCGUACACCACCACCGAAUCAAGGGGAGGAGGAAAUCUUGGGAGAACCACCUCCAGAAGUUUUACCAGAAUCUUUACAAGGGACACAAAAGACCGUAAAAGCUCAGAGUUUGAAGGCAGUAUGGUCUCAUUUUCUAGCCCUGGAUGCAACAAUAAAGAUUCCUUUCUUAAUAUUUGCUCCUUUCUACUUGGCUGUUAAUGUAGUUUAUGGUGCUGAGGUGUCGAAGGAGCUAACUCCUUUAUGGGUUUUGGGGCCACUCAUUGUGGCUCUCUACGUCAUGAUGAUGAGGUGGCUAUGUGCACUCUAUAUCUUCAGCUUCAAGCAGACAGUCAAAGUAAUUAAGAAUUCGCCCUCUUAUUUCAUGUUGGCCUACAUCUAUGUCUUUUGUGGCAAGCUCAAAGAAGACAUCGAUGCUCAUAUUUUGCAGCCUAUAUUGAGGAUAAAAAAUACUGAUUAUAGACAGUUGGGUAGAAAAAAGUUGAAAGAAUUGUCAGAAUGGAUAGUAGAGAAGUAUCUUGAUUUUGUGGAAUCAAUAUGGCCCUACUAUUGUCGGACAAUCCGAUUUUUGAAGAGGGCUAAUCUUAUUUAA